UCUUCCUCUUCUUGUCACUCGUCAAACCGUACAUGCUUAUCUACCUACUAUUUCUAUUAUGCCCCACAGCUCUUCCAACCACGACCAUAACAGUGCUCUUGGCCAUGGUGCUUCAUGGAAUCACGUGCACACAGCCUCAACUCCAAAUCCCGCUGUGCCACAAUCCACAAUUCCUCCACCUCCACCGCUUCCACCUGCUUCACGUCCCAAGAACCCAAAAAUAUCAUGUACUAUUCCGCCACCGCUUGGACUGCCUUCGAGUUUCGGCUACGAGCCCGUCGGCAAAGACAUGGCGAAACGGAUAAUGAUGUUCCUUGCUGAAGAGAAGACUGAGCAUCGCGCACCACCUUUAGUCCCUUGCCAUAUGUUCUUCUAUGGUUCUCUCAUGGAUCCUGAUGUCCUUCAAGCCAUAACCGGGUUGCCUGAAGCGCCCUUAGUUAAAAAGGGCACUAUCACCGGCUUCUCGAUCAGAAUGUGGGGCACCUAUCCUGCCCUGGUACCAUGCAGUACCGGAGAGGUUAAAGGAACUGUGUGGGAGCUCACUUCAGAAGCUCACUUCCGGCGGCUCGCCGACUAUGAAACAUUAGCAUACACAUGGUGCGAAUGCAACGUUGUGCUGGAAGAUGGAAAAUCUCUCUCCAGCUGUCGUACGUUCUGUUGGGCUGGUGAUGUCAACAGUCAAGACUUGGAGGAAAGAGAAUUUGACUUCGAGCGGUACCAGAAGCACUUCAAACCGUCCGUCUUACGCCGCGGUACCCCGAGUUAGAUGAG